CCAUGGCCUUCACAGACCUGCUGGAUGCCCUGGGGGGUGUGGGUCGCUUCCAGAUUGUCUAUACGGCCUUGCUCCUGCUGCCCUGUGGCCUGCUGGCCUGUCACACCUUCUUACAGAACUUCACAGCUGCCUCGCCCCCACACCACUGCCAACACCCUGCCAGCCACACAGAGGCUGCCGCCAAUGAUUCCGGGGUCUGGCUGAGGGCCACCAUACCUCUGGACCAGCAUGGGAUCCCUGAAUCAUGCCAGCGUUUCAUAGAACCUCAGUGGUCCCUUCUGAGACUCAACACUUCCACCUACGAGGCACCCACAGAGGGCUGCAAGGAUGGCUGGGUCUUUGAUCGAAGUGUUUUCCCAUCCACUAUCGUGAUGGAGUGGGACCUGGUGUGUGAGGCCCGAACCCUCCGGGACCUGGCUCAGUCCGUCUACAUGGCCGGGGUGCUUGUAGGGGCCGCCUUGUUUGGCAGCCUUGCAGACAGGCUGGGCCGCAAAGCUCCCCUGGUCUGGUCGUACCUGCAGCUGGCAGUUUCUGGGGCCGCCACAGCGUAUGUGGGCUCCUUCAGUGCCUACUGUGUCUUCCGGUUCCUGAUGGGCAUGACCUUCUCCGGCAUCAUCCUCAAUUCCCUCUCGCUGGUUGUGGAAUGGAUGCCGACUCGGGGCCGGACAGUGGCGGGCAUCUUGCUGGGCUUCUCCUUCACCAUGGGCCAGCUCAUCCUGGCUGGCGUGGCAUACCUGAUCCGGCCCUGGCGGUGGCUGCAGUUCGCAGUCUCAGCUCCUUUCCUGAUCGUUUUCCUGUAUUCUUGGUGGCUGCCAGAGUCCUCCCGAUGGCUCUUCCUUCACGGCAAGUCCCAGCAAGCUGUGCAGAACCUGCGGAAGGUGGCGGUGAUGAACGGCGGGAAGGAGGAUGGGGAAAGGCUGACCACAGAGGUGGUAAACUCCUACAUCCAGAGUGAGUUUGCAAGUGUCCGCACCUCCAACUCCAUCUUGGACCUCUUCCGGACCCCAGCCAUCCGAAAGGUCACAUGCUGUCUCAUGAUGGUCUGGUUCUCCAACUCCGUGGCUUACUACGGCCUGGCCAUGGACCUGCAGAAGUUCCGGCUCAGCAUCUACCUGGUACAAGCCCUGUUUGGGAUCAUCGACAUCCCAGCGAUGCUGGUCGCCACCACCACCAUGAUUUACGUGGGCCGGAGGGUCACAGUGGCCUCCUUCCUCAUCCUGGCCGGGCUCAUGGUCAUUGCCAAUUUGUUUGUACCUGAAGACUUGCAGACCCUUCGGACUGUGCAGGCAGCGCUGGGCAAAGGCUGCUUGGCCAGCUCCUUCAUCUGUGUGUACCUGUUCACAGGAGAGCUGUACCCUACAGAGAUCAGGCAGAUGGGAAUGGGUUUUGCCUCCGUCAAUGCCCGCCUUGGGGGCUUGGCAGCGCCCCUGGUCGCCACACUGGGAGAAAUCAGCCCUGUUCUGCCACCCGUGGUCUUUGGUGCCAUUUCAGUCUUGGCUGGGAUGGCUGUCACCUGCUUCCUGACGGAGACUCGAAACAUGCCACUGGUGGAGACCAUUGCCGCGAUGGAGAUGAGAGUCAAAGAAGGCCCUUCCCAAAAAGACGCAGAAGAGAAGAGCGAGGAAAUUUCUCUUCAGCAGCUGGGGGCUUCUCCCCUCAAGGAAACCAUCUAAG